AUGAUUGACCGCGGCUGGAGAAGAUCGGGCACAUACUGCUACAAGCCAGAUCUGAAACGAUCGUGUUGCCCGCAAUACACCAUCAAGCUUGAUGCCUUGCAAUUCAAGCCGUCGAGAAGUCAGAGGAAGCUCCUCCACCGUUGGAACCGGUUUGUUCUCUAUGAUGAACAUGGAGGUGUAGAUCAUGAUUCUUCAGCAAACAAAACCGAUCUUCGGAAGAGGAAACCAACAAAGUCUAAGGGCAAGGAACAAGCCUUCUCUCUGACAUCAGAGAUUCAUGCUUCAGAGCGUCGGACCACCACCGACGAAAAGCCGGCUCACUCGUUUGAAGUUACUUUAGAACUGUCGUCGUACACCGACGAGAAAUUCAAGCUGUACCAGAGCUACCAAAAGGAAAUUCACCACGAGACAGAGGAAAAACCCAGUGGGUUCAAGGGAUUCCUCGUAGAAUCACCUCUUCAUUCUGAAACCAUUCCGUACUCCGCGCCAUGUCCAGAACAUUUACCCCGCGCGUAUGGUUCAUAUCACCAAUUGUACAGACUGGACGGCGAGUUGAUCGCAAUGGGCGUCAUCGACAUCGUUCCAAGCUGUGUCUCCAGCGUGUACUUCAUGUAUGAGAAAAAGUGGGAACGAUUCUCGCUAGGGAAGCUAAGCGCUCUUCGAGAAGCAUCACUGGCCAAAGAAAUACAUGGCGCUGGAGCUCCCGAGAUGAAUUCGCUGUACAUGGGAUUUUACAUCCACUCUUGCCCGAAGAUGCGGUACAAGGGAGAUUACAGCCCGUCAUACCUGGCUGAUCCCGAGGACUAUACGUGGUUUCCCUUGGAGCAGACUCGCGUUCUGCUAGACAAAUAUCGAUAUGCAAGUUUUGCUCAUCCUGAGCAUUGUUUGGAAGGGCCUCCAAACCCACAGAUUCAACCUUCUGUGCCAGAACUGCCACGGAGAGACCUCCGACACAUCCAGUUGAUGGACAGGGUCGAUGACGGGGCUGCAGUGACGAUCCCAAUCAUGGCAUCCCCGGAGUGGAGGCGGCCUGCAGCGAGGCAGACUAUUCUCUCUCUGGUGUACGGACUCGGUCUCGAGCUAGCAAAGGAGAUAUUGCUGUAUCUGGCAUAUGAAAUCUGA